AUGCUGCGGUGUACAGCCACUCCAAGAAUUCUACGCAAUGGUGCACCCAUAGUUCAAAAGAGGAACAUCAUGGGCUUUGUUAGGAACGCCCUAGGGCUAGACCCUCCUCCCUCCCCAGACGAGCCCACACCUGCGAAUCGCUUUCACCCUUGGGAUCAAUCUCCAUCGCCCGACUUGAGAGAAAGAGCUGCCACCAUACGAGCCAUGGCAAAAUGCCCGGUAACAGGCCAGGAGAUCAACUACACUUGUCCGAUAUCUGGUAUCCCCACGCACCACUCGCGUGAAGCCUGGGAAAAUGACGUGGCCUACCAGGAGUCAACGAAACCUGAAAUUCUGAAGAAAGUGAAUAUCUACGAACACGAUCUGAGGUCCGGCAGGCCGUUCCCCGAGUUCGAUUUCCCAUUAGAUCAGGACUUCGACCGCAUGGUCAAUCUUACAAACUGGGACCUAUUCUUUUAUACGCGUGGGUUUUACUCCAUGGACACCGAAUUCCAACUGGCUGCGGUCACCAAGAUGCUGAGUUACCCUGUCACUAUCGGCUCGGUGCUACACCAGUUUUCUCCCUAUUCGUUGAAUCCCAAGGGCCCCAUAACGCUAGAGGGCUUGAAGUCGCUCGCUGCCUUGCGUUACACUUUGUACCCUGAGCAAAACCGUAGGGUCUCAUCUUCCACCAAAAACAGUCCUCUUCGAAUUUUCAUAUUGGGCGCUAGAGCAGAAGCCCAACUACCUGGUCAUGUUUGGAAACAGUUACAGUAUAUGUUCCCUGAAACGCAGAUGGAACUCCAUUUCGUGGGUCCUGAGUCACAUUUUGAUAGAAACAAGCGCGAAUAUGUGAAUUCUUCGGCUCCAAUAAUUCGCAGAGUGGAUGAGACUUUGAGUUUCGUAUACCAUACCGACUAUUUCCAUGUGUUUCACGAAGCUCAGGACUUCUUCCCUUACGAUCCUUACACGGAUAUUUUCUUCUGUUUCCAUCCCGGCUUCGCAGCUCCCGAAUCCAAGGAAAACUGGAUGGGGAAAACCAUGGAAGCUCUGUUAGAGACCAAAUGUGCCAUUUUCACUACUGGGUUCAACGAAGCGGACCUGAAACGCGACAUGGACGCCGUUGUGGGGGCCUACGGUAAAGAGGUCGACAUGUUGAUGGAACCUAGCAAAAAUGUUUUUGGCAGUACUAAGUGGGAGCUCAAUGACGUGAAUCCACAACAAGUGUAUCAAUUCAACAUGUACAUGGCCGGUUUUAGAGGUAAACGGUACCAUGCCAUCGAAGUAUGA